UCUGUCAACAUGGCUAUGGUAUCAGAAUUUCUGAAACAGGCAUGGUUCAUCGAAAAUCAGGAGCAAGAAUGUAUUAAAAGUUCAAAAGGUGGCCCUGCGGUACAGACAUACCCUAACUUUGAUCCAUCAGCUGAUGUUGUUGCUUUGGACAAAGCUAUUACUGUAAAGGGUGUGGAUGAAGCUACCAUCAUCAAAAUCUUGACUAAAAGAACAAAUGCUCAGCGCCAGCAGAUCAAAGCUGCCUAUCAGCAAGCCAAAGGAAAGAGUUUAGAAGAAGCCUUGAAAAAAGUUCUAAAAAGCCACCUAGAAGAUGUUGUUGUGGCUCUACUCAAGACUCCAGCUCAGUUUGAUGCUGAAGAAUUAAGAGCCUCUAUGAAGGGUCUUGGAACUGAUGAAGAUACCUUAAUAGAGAUUCUGGCCUCAAGAAACAACAGAGAGAUCAGAGAAGCCAGCAGAUACUACACAGAAGUGAUGAAGAGAGAUCUGACACAAGAUAUUAUCUCUGACACAUCUGGAGACUUUCAGAAGGUUUUGGUUGCUCUAGCCAAGGCUGACAGAUGUGAAGAUUGUCAUGUGAAUGAUGACCUUGCUGACAAUGAUGCCAGGGCCUUGUAUGAAGCAGGAGAGAAACGGAAAGGAACAGAUAUUAAUGUGUUUAUUACUGUUCUUACUGCAAGAAGCUACCCACACCUCCGAAGGGUGUUUCAGAAGUACACCAAUUACAGCAAGCAUGACAUGAAUAAGGUACUGGAUCUGGAGCUGAAAGGUGAUAUUGAGAAAUGCCUGACAGCCCUUGGUAAGUGGUUUAGUAGAUUUUUUGUUCAAGAAAAUAUUGUUACAAGGUUCAUCAUAAAGGUGUAUAUUAAGGCCCUUUACAUUACUGUUCCUUGUGAACAAUACAGUGAGGCAGUGACUCAC